CGGUUCUCCAAUUACCUUAUCGCAAGCCUCGCUGUGGCCGACUUGAUGGUCGCUGUUUUGGUCAUGCCAAUCAGUGCACUGGACGCUGUGUCAACAAGUGUCGCAAAAAAGAAGACAAUUACGGGCUCAAUCUUAACCCAUAUGACUUCAAACUAAUUAAUUGGAAGAUUGCAAUGGCUGAUAAUUCCUCGCGUAGUUUGGUGUCCGCCCUCU